AUGAAGAAUCCCGAAAAUGUAAACAUGUCUUUUCCCACCCAUUGUUGGGGCAAGAUCCUUUUUUACCUUGUUCAUGACUUUAGGAAACCCCGAAAGGAGUAUCCACAAGUCAACUUGUUCAUUACGCUCGAGAAAGUUUGAAAAUGCAGAGUUUCCUCUGGGUACUCUGCUUUCUUUUUGCCGCUAGGUCACACAAAUGGGAGAGGAUCAAAGAACUGCUAGAAAACGAUGUAAGUGAAUUCUCAAGCAUUGCAAAGAUCCGAAGGGCAAAGGUUCUUCAUAAAAACACUAUUCUUUUCAGGAUAUAAAAAAUACGUGGACUAAAAGUGACUUGAUGCUUUGCACCAACCCAAGAAUACCCUUCACAGAUUCUGAGCUGUUCUGUCAAGCUGUACUAACAACAAUGCUUGACAUUAUUCAUAUCGAAUACUUGUCAAUUCAGCCGACAUUGUUUAAAAUCCAUAAAUUUGGAACUCCCAGCAUGAUCUCAAGUAUCAAGAAAAGAUUUUUUACAUCAGAGUAAGUAAGGCUGUCUAAUUGUUCGUUGGCGCAUCAAUCCAUUAUGAUAAAAAUUUAUGGCUACAGGGUUUGACGCGGUUUCUGUAACUGUAAGACCGGAAUUAUUAAAUAUUUGCCUUUUCUAACAAGCUAUCAUUUAGUGAGGUCACGGAGCAACGGGUUGAAGGUGCGACCUACUCCGCAGGACACCGUGGCAGGGUUGCCGAUGGCCUAUGGUUGGAACCUCAUGAACCAUGCGUCAUACCGCUCUUUAGAAAACUGCAAAGGAGCCUCCGCGUGAACCCAGCCAUUGCCGAAAACUUUCUAGUAAUCUGCAAUACAGAAAUGAUCAAGUUUUAUUUUAGGUCCUAAAAUACGACAAAAACGGCCACUACGCGCCACACUAUGAUCAUCUAUUCCCAAUGACAAAAGAAUAUGAUGACGGCUGGUUUGAGUUCUUCGGGAAUCGGAUGGCUACGGCCUUGCUUAUUGUUCAACAAGCAGAACUCGGGGGAGGCACAAUAUUCCCGCAUCUAGAUCUGGUCGUUGAGUCAGAUCCAGGUAAAAGACGAAAUAUACUCAGAUAGGACGUAAAUAUAAUUAUAGGAGAUCUACUUCUAUGGUUCAACGCCGAUUCAAACGACGUCCGUGAGCAGAAUAGUCUUCACGCUUCCUGUCCGGUUGAACGUGGCCAAAAAAUGGCUGUCUCUUUGUGGAUCCGGGGAAACUUUCAAGACCAACUAUUCUGUCCCGUCCAAAGCUCUCGCUAUUCAGCUGUGGACAUGGUAAAGCGGAUCGGCGACAUAAAACACUUCCCACAAUUCGGCAGCCGUCCCCAAAUUCCUCGAGAAUAUGGAGGAUACUGGGAUGAUGACGUUGAAGACUAA